AUGAGAAGAGUGGAGUUUGUCAGCUUCGACCAUGUCCGCGUGCUCCAGCUCGUCGUGGCCUGGGAGGCAUGCUUCCUCGCCAUGCGCCGGCUGUGCAGACGCAGCUCUACACCGACCGUCCGCGAGCACGGAGCGUCGUACUGCUGCUCCGUCAUCAAUGCGUCGUGGUGCACGCUCGCCGGCGCCUACCUGACGCGUCACCUCGCGUCGAUGCCCGACGAGAGCGCGGCGCACGUCGACCCUGACGACCCGAACUCGUGGGCGGGAGCGCUCUUCUGCACAAACAUCGCGUUUGCGCUGACGUUCCUGCUGGUGCGCGUCGCCUUCUUCUGGGGCGGCGUCGCGCAGGUGCUGCUGCGGCUACGGCCACUUCUGCUCGCGCCCCCGUGCCACGCGCCUCGCCUCGCUGUCGACGUCCUCUGUGUCGCGAUCACGGCCGCCGGCUGCCUCAACGCCUGGUGGAUGUACAAGAUCGUCGGGAUGGCGCUGCGCGCGACGGAGCGCCGACAGCCGUCCGUCCCCCCCACGCCCCAGAGCCUUGGGGGCAGUGCCCAACGGGUGUCCAAGGCCGCGGCGGCCAAGUCGGAGUGACGCAGCGUAGACGCCUCGUCGCUGCCGUGAGGGAUUCGUUGGGUUGGGUAGGUAUAGGAGAGAGAGAGAGAGAGAGAGAGAGAGAGAGAGAGAGAGAGAGAGAGAGAGAGAGAGAGAGAGGUGGUCAGAGAGCGAGAGGUGACGCGGCCGCCGCGCGCGCAACCGCACGCGUGUGCGACCCUUAGAUUGGUGGAUGGCUGCGCGCGGGCGUCCGGAUUUUAGUAGUGUUGAGCGGCAGCUCUGCUGGUCGUUAACAAAAGGUACCACCUCAGUCACACAGUCACAGAGCGAUUUUUUC